AUUGCCCUCCACCUCGCCUCCAACCCUGCCUUCACGUAGAAGCACACCAAGACCAAGCGAACCAACUGAACUGACCGUGUGCUGCUUGCCUGCCUUGCCUUGCCCUAGCUCCACUCCAUCCACCAUGGAUGGCAACAAGAUUGCCACCCGGCCAGCCAGCGUACGGGCGUUUGCCAUCGCCCGCGGCACCGUCGUCGUCUUCGCCUUGGCCACAGCGGCCGACUACGUGCUCGACCGCUACCACCUCUGCAGCAGCCAGAGCCAGGCUUCCUUCAUCCUGCCGUGCGUCAGGGUGACGGCCGCGGCGGCCGCCGAGUGGAGGGCCCUCUGGCUCGCCAUGGUCUGCUGCGCGGUGCUCGAGGCGGCCGUCGCGGCGCUGGCGCUGCGGCACCCAUGCCGCGCCCUGGCCCUGGCCUACCUCCAGCUCGCGCUCACCGUCGUCCGCCACUACAUGUACGCCCGCGCCGUCUGCAUCCUCCUCGCCGCCGACCCAGGAGACCACCUCCGCGGGCUCUGCAUCGGGAGCAUCUCCACCUUCUUGUUAGCGACUUCCCUUGCUCUCGCAUGGGAUCGACAAUGGGCCAUAACUACUGGGCUUGGGCUGCUCGGUAGCCAGGCAACACGGCAACUACAAAUACAAGGGAUAGAGUUACGAACAACUUGGCUAGGAACUGGACGGCUUCGGCCUCCUCUGCUUCUGUAUCUCCUCCCUCUUGUGUUCCUCUCCUUUGUAAUGGCUAGACCUUGGUGAAUCCAUGGCUUGUAGUUCUAAUUGAUGAGGAAUAGAUCUCUGUGAGAAGAGUGCUGUUAACACUUCUUCGCGGGUGACGUCACCAGCUUCAUGUUCAUGGACCUUCUCCAUGGAGGCGAGGAGUGAGGAGUUCAGCUAGCUGCGCCUGCACUGCAUGCAUGCAGGGGAUCAUGCUCAUGCCCAUGGAUCAGCUCAUGAGGUACUGCGACUAGUUCUAACUUCCAAGGGAUAAUAAGUACUGUAUGUGUGAA